UGUUGCACAUGCUGAUGAAUAGAUCGUCCUCGACAGUUAGAUACUUAGUUUUAUUUAAAAUAAAAAAAUAUGCCAAGUCCCGAGGCAAUGGAAGAAGACGAUGAUCCUGUUGUUAAGGAGAUUCCAGUAUUUUUAUCCAAAAGGCUAGCUGACAAACUUUUCAUAUUUCAAUAUCCGAUGAAACCAGCAAUAAGUGGUUAUGACGAUGCAGAAUUUUUAAAGACUGCCAUUAAGCCAGUGAAUCAAGAAGUCAUGAUUGAAGUUGCAAUUGAUACGACUGAUGGUCACUUUAAUCAAAAAAAGGGUGAAGAUAUAGCUGCCAGUGCUGAGGAACCAGUGAAAAAAGAUGGAGAGGAAAAAAAACCAUAUUUUGAAAAUGAUGUGAUGGACAAAAUAGUUUUAAAAUCAUCAAGAGCCUUACCAAACUGUGAUAAUUAUGGUAUUGGAGUUUAUCAAGAUGGUGAAUUCCACAUUACUCCACUAAAAGGAUUCCUACAAUUGCGACCAGAUUUUGGUUAUCUCGAUAAAGCUGACAAACGUGUCAAAGACGAUGGAAAAAAUACAGGAGAUGAGUCUGAAGAAGAGGAAGAGCAAGCAAAGCAAGUGAACGUUUCGUUUGCUAGAAAACUUCCUGAUCACAUAAUAAAAAUGAAAGAGCAAUCUUUUCAAACUCACGCUAAAAAAGUUUCAGAAGAGCAAUGGAUAUCGUGUGAUUACAAGUCAGUUAAAACUACUCAAGCUGAGCUGACCCGCAUGGAAAUGAUUUGUAAUGCUAGCGAAGAUGCCGUAAAUAACUUGAAUCUAUCAAAAAGACAAUAUUUAGAUUCUUUAGCUCCUCCUUUGAAGGAAGAACAGUUUUCAAAAGCAAACAUCCAAAGCCAUACAACGUCUCUUAGCUAUAUCCGUACUCUUCCUCUGCUAGAUCAAGUUAAAAUUUUGAUGAAAGACGCCAAAGUCAUGUCAUUUGUACAGUUAAGGGCGAUAUUAAGUCUUGAGCACGAAACAGCCAGUAUUUUAAAGUACCUACAGCAAGUAGCUGUACUUGUCCAAGGCAACUGGGUCAUCAAUAGCGAGUUAGUUUAUCCUAAGGAUACUAUUUCAGCUCACAGCGGUGUGCCAGCUGAACUUAUGUGCAGAGCGAGAGAUUACAUACUUUUGAGUUUUACGGAACACGAGUUUGUGGACAGAAGAGCAAUUUCGUCCGUUGUGAAACUGCCUGCGGAGGAAAUAAGAGAAAUCUUUACAAACAUGGCCAAACACCAACCGAAAAAAGGUUGGCGCUUAAUCGUGCUUCCCAGCAAAGACUUCAACGAAAGGUAUCCAGAGAUCGCCCAACGUCAGGACAUGUUUUGGGAAGCAAAGCGGAAGCAGUUGCGGGAGGUGAUGGAAGCUCAAAACCAAACUCCCCCGCGUCAGAGGCGGAAGUCCUCUCGAGAGUCCAUACCUGAACAGAAAUCCAUUGAGGUAACCUCGUUAGUUCGUUAGGACCUAAGUAGGUUACCUACCGAGGACCACAUUGGCAAAGUAACGCGGCAUACGGGAGGUCCUCUUUGGGCAUCCUCAAUAAUCUAGUACCUACCCGAUUGAAAAUUAGAAAUGGGCGACAGCUUGGCCCAAGUCAAGAUGUCCAGGUAGCCAAGGUGGGGCCAAGUGUGUCCUUGUAAUGGGGCGCAGACUUAGGUCCAAGUUUCUGCCCAACCGCCGCCUUAUUUCGUCUGCUUAAAGUGUGUGUAUAUAUAUAGUUUUUUUUUUUUAUUUUAUAGUGUAGGUACUGACCCCAUCUGGAGUAUGUACACUUCAUAUAAAUAUUAUUGUACUCAAGAUAAACUUUAUGCACGCGAGUACACUUGUAAAUAUUUAUCAGGUGAAUCUUAAUAAGAAACACUUUAACAUAUUUCAACCAAGUUUUUAUUUAUUUACUAAACCUUAAGAAUAGCUUUGAAAAAAAUUGCUUGUGAUGCGUAGAACAUCUCUGAAGCACAUUAUUUUUACGUAACAUUGAAGAAAAGAUUUAGAAAACAUCUAAUCGUUUUUUUAAUGAUGCAUAUUUUAACACUUUAUGCAACCUUCUUAUGGUAACUAUUUAGUACUAGUUUAGUAGAGCCAUUAGAAUUUUAUAUUAGUUUUAAAAAUCGUGAUGUAUUUCUGGAAACAACUACUUACGUUAGAUAAAAAAAAAAAAAAUACCAGAAAAGGAAAGACGCAACUAGCCAUAAACUGCGUGUACUAUUAUACUUAAUUCU